AUGCUUUUUGAUUCCUUACUUAAAGGUGUUGAUUUUUAUAAGCAAUAUGCUAGAUUUGGUGGGUUUGUGGUAAGACUAGGUACUGAAAAGAGAAUUAAAGAUAGUGAUAAAGUCUACUUGAAAUAUUUACAUUGUAAUAAACAAGGGUUUACGAAGGAUGGUGAAACUAAAGCAAAAGUUUCUAACAAAGAUAAAAAUCCUAAAGCUAGAAAAAGAACCAUAAAUCGUUUUGGAUGUAAUGCAAUGAUUGGGUUUAGAGAACGUUCAGAUGGAAAAUGGAUGGUUUAUGUCUUUCAUGAAUCUCAUAGCCACAAUCUUGCUUCUCCCAACACAAUGAAUUUUUUGGCAAAUGUUGGAAACCUUAAACUUGGCCAGAAAAAAUUCAUUUUUGACAACUCUAGAUUGAACAUUGGUCCAAACAAGUCUUAUAAGUUGAUGAAAGAACAUCUUGGUAGCUAUGAUAAUAUAGGUGCAACAUUGAAUGAUUUCAAGAACUUUAAUCGAGACUUGAAAGCUUACAUACAAGAGAAAGAUGCUUCGAUGUUUAUAAACAAUUUGAAAGAAAAAGCUGAAAACAGUGAAGGUGCCUUUUUCUUUGAGCAUUGUAUGGAUGAACAUCAACGCUUGACAAGAGUAUUUUGGGCAGAUGCAAUUAGUAGAAAAAAUUAUUCGUUGUUCUGUGAUAUGAUUACAUUUGAUACAACAUUUGACACCAACAAAUACUCUAUGGUUUUUGCCCCAUUUACGGGUGUUGAUCACCAUGGUAAGUGUGUGACUUUUGGGAUAGGCUUACUUGCAAAGGAGGAUAUUGAAUCCUUUGAAUGGUUAUUUGAAACUUUCUUAAAGGCAAUGAAUAACUGUCAGCCUACCUGUAUCAUGACAGAUCAAGACCCUGCGAUGAAAGUGGCAAUUGAAAAAGUUCUUGAUAAGGCAAAACAUAGGUUUUGUAUGUGGCACAUUAUGAAAAAAGUGCCACAAAAGGUAGGGCCCAAAUUAUGCUUAGAAACUGAUUUUCUUCAUAAACUAAACUCUGUUGUGUGGAAUAGAGACCUUGAACCAGAAGAAUUUGAAAUUGGUUGGCAGUCUGUGAUGUCUGAAUUUGAUUUAGUGAAUGAAGAUUGGUUCAAAAAUAUGUGUAAUAUAAGGAAUAUGUGGAUUCCUUCCUACUUUCGUGACCUUUUUAUGGGUGGGAUUUUAAGGUCAACUCAAAGAUCAGAGAGUGAAAAUAGCUUUUUCACUAAUUUCACCAAUCAGCAUUUGUUAUUGGUUGAGUUGUGGUUUCGCUAUGAAUCUGCAAUCGAUGCUCAAAGGCACACACAAGACAAGUUGAAUGCUACUUCAAAAACUACACAUCCCCAACUUGUCACCCCCCUGUACUUGGAAAAGCAUGCUGCAUUUGCUUACACUCAUAAUGUAUUUUACAUAUUCCAAAAGGAAUUCAAGCAUGCUUUGUACAAUUGUGGUAUAAGUAAUGUUACCAUCAAAGAAGAAGAAGGGAUUGAGCAAUAUAGAAUUGUUGACAACACAAGGAAAAAAAGCUAUCAUGUCACAUAUGUUUUGUGUUCUAAUGAUGCUUCAUGCUCUUGUAAAAUGUUUGAAUCUGUUGGAAUAUUAUGUCGUCACAUUCUCUUUGUCAUGAAAGGAAAGUUCUUAUUUGAGAUUCCAAGGCAAUAUGUUUUACAUCGUUGGACUAAAGAAGCUAUGAAGAAACCAAUUUUUGGCUUAAACAACUUGCUUGAUGGGGCAGAGAAGGAUAAGAAGCAAAAGCUAGUUGACUUGGAUUCUAUAAGUCCAGUUGAUAAACGUGAGGCAAAAAAUAAACACAUCGAAUUAUUUGUUGGAUCUAAUGACAUAGUUGUUGAUAUUCUUCCUCCAAACAAGUCUUCCAACAAAGGUAGUGGUAGUGGAAAAAGGAAAAAAUCUGACAAAGAGAUAGCUAUUGAGGAAAGCCAAAGGAAAGAUAGACUUUGUAGAACUUGUGGAUUUCAAAGAAGAGUAGAAAGGCUGCAAAACCACUUCAUAUUUACAAGAAGCAACAUCGGCUACUGA